AUGCUGUCUACUUUGCAACUAUGGGUAGUGUUCGGGCUGGUAGUCUCUUGGACAGAGGCCUUCGAGGGCUCUGCUAUGCACACCCCACACUCCCCAAUCUAUGGUCCAUCAAGCAGCAGUUUCACGACCUGUACAUCUGAGGAGAUAGACCCCUGUAUCACUAGUCUCAACAGACUGGUCUACUACCACCUGUACUACCACAACUACGACCACGAAUAUAACUACGACCACUACUACAGAUACUACGACAGAUACUACGACAGAUACUACUACAGAUACUACUACAGAAACUACUACAGAAACUACUACAGAAACUACUACGGAUACAAUUACAGUGCCGACAACCAUUACAGUGGCUCCAAAUCCCUGUCCGACCACCUGCAGCAUCCACAAAACAUUUUCCCAUCUACUUAUGUCGAUUCGCAUCUCGAUUACACUUUUACCUCACCGUCGGUGUAUAUGAUCGUCAACACCCUCUAUGGCUACAACACCGCCGGUCGAGCUGGGCCGUCAGGCACUAGCGUAGUGUUCCCCCUUGACCUAGACCAAGUCUCGACUAUAGAUAUCACCAAUUCGGCUACGCGACAGCUUACUCUGAAUGACCUUGGUACAGACUGCCCACAGACGGAGGCUCCUUCAGUGAUCGCGACAGCGGCACCUAACGGCCGGUGUGAUCCUAUUCUUGUGGCUCCGGAGCCUGUCAAAUCCUGGGCUUUGCCUUGCAAUGCAUGCGGUCAAUUCGGACUUUUCGACCCCCCGUAUGCAGUCCCUCCGCUCACUGGAGGUCUGGUGCCGGCGACGACGACUGCUGCGAUGACUCAGCCAAAGACACAGACUACCCCAAGAGUGACUUCUGCCACUGAUACUACCGUCACGUCGGUAGACACUACCACAAUACCGGUCACUAAAGAGUCCACCUCCUCCAGUACAGAGGCUACUUUGCCUGUAAUAGAAACCUCUUCAUCUCAGAUUGAGGUUACUUCUUCCAGUGUCAUGCCGACUCCGGCGUCAUCUAGCAUUGGCCGGGCUACUGUUUCAGCAUCAUCCUUCAGCUCUAACUCCAGUCCAGCUAAUACUUCCACAAUGUUCAAUUCUGCGUCCAAAAAAGGUGGGUGUGGUGCAUGGCUGGGUUUGAGUUUCUUUGUGUGGGCAUUCUUGCUGUAA